AGUGUCCUCGAGGCGCAGACAUGUCGGUGUCCAACCCGAGACAGACGUUCCUGAGCCCGGCGCUUCCCUUCGCCGGGACGAUCCUGGGCGGUCUGCUGCCGGGGGAGAUGGUUCUCAUUCAGGGCUCGGUAUCAUCUGAUGCUGACAGGUUCCAGGUGGAUUUCACGUGUGGCAGCAGCGUGAAGCCGAGGGCCGACGUGGCGUUUCACUUUAACCCGAGGUUCAAGCGGUCGCCGUGCAUUGUCUGCAACUCGCUGCAGAGGGAGCGCUGGGGCAGAGAGGAGAUCCUGUAUGAGAAGCACUUCACUCCUGGGGAGGCGUUCGAGCUCAUCAUCCUCGUCCUGAAGGACAAGUUCAAGGUGGCAGUGAACGGCGGUCACGUGUUGGAGUUCAAACACCGCGUGGAGCUGGAGCGAGUCGACACUCUGGCCAUAUCUGGAAAGGUCAAAGUUCAGGCUGUUGGCAUCCUCCCGAGCCCCAGUGAAGUUUCCCCUGCAGCUGGUCUGACCAAUCAGGAGCAACCAGACAUGAAUCAGAAACCUCAUCAGACACCAGUAAUCUCCUCCUCAGGUGACUUGAGGAUUCCCUUCAGAGGGGAGCUGGUUAAAGGACUGACUGUCGGACGCAGCGUCACCAUUAAAGGAGAAGCAAAUCAGAACGCACAGAGUUUCGCUGUGAAUCUGCGAGUGUCUGGCAGCAGCGACAUCGCUCUUCAUCUGAACCCUCGUCUGAAAAAAGAGGUCUUUGUCAGGAACUCCUUCCUGUCUGAGUGCUGGGGCCCCGAGGAGAGACAGCUGGACUCCUUCCCCUUCAGUGCAGGACAAUACUUUGAGGUACCGCACCACAGGACAAUCAUCCACCUCCACGCAGCCAACAACCAUCCACCACCAACAACCACCAAAAACCAUCCACCACCAACAACCAACAACCAUCCACCACCAACAACCACC